AUGGCAGGUCAAAACGACGAAAUGGCUGAGCCCACACGCCCAGCAGAACGAAUCAAGAUUGGCAAUUCCAUGGCUCAAAUCAAUUUGUCUAAAACCAUUGCAAUAUUCAAUCCCUACACCUCGUCAAACUCGCCGUCGGAUCAAAUAAACAUUUCCAUCUUCGAACAAGAGCUCUCCGUCCUUUUGAAUAGCAUCGACUUUCGGUUUAAAUUACCCGCAAAUUCUCAGCCUCAUGACGCGGAAAGACUGAUGCGUGUCAUAUUUCAUCAUCCCAUAUUGCCUUCCGCGCAGCUUGAAGUCCACUAUGGGUCUACGUCCCAGGCCGCAAAAGCGUCUGAAAUACAAAGCUCCGAGAAAAAGAUCAAAAUAUUACUAGACACGCCAUCUAUUGACGAGCGAUCCCCAUCAGACAAUGCUGGCCUUGGUUUGCUCAAUGGUUUGAGGACUACACUUGAAGAGCGUAGCUUUCUGCGGAGCAAGCUAGGAAUGUCAUGGAUUCAGGAAAAUGACGAAGGACUUGAUGUCCAGAACGACCAAGAUGACAAUUCUGAAUCAAGCCGCAGUGCUUCCGAGUACAACCCUUUUAUUCUGGGGGGUCUAGAUCCAGAUGAAGGGAGCUUCCUCGAGUUCUAG